ACGUUCGCCAGUUACGGUCAGUACGCGGUGUCACUUUUUACGUGCGUUGUGUUACUGACGAUCGUCGUCCCAGCGUGUUUUUUUUUUUGUUAUUGUUAUAGUGAUUUCGCGCGUUUAAACGAUAACGAUAACAAUAAGUACGCAUAGCAUUUUCUCGUGAUCCGACGGUUUUUUUUUUUUUUACAUUUUUUUGUAUCUCCGUCUCAUAUUUUGUCUACAUACAAAUCGAUUCGUCGUACACCCUAUGAUUCGCCGUCCGGCAAGAUUUGUACACGAGUUCUCGUGUUUAUCCGUCAUAUGUUGUCAAACAUGCCAUUCCAUGAUUCUAACGAGGGCGAUGCUUUAGAUAGGAUUAUGGCAAAUAAAAAAUCUGAAAAAGUCGUAUGUAUCAUCGUCGUUCGCUUUAAAACCAAUUGAUGAAGUACAAUGUCACCGGAAAAUGUGUGUCCGAGAUUCAAACAGAAUGCUUGGAAAAAAGAACUAUGCUCAAAUUGUUUUCGUCCCAAAGAGGAGCACCCCGAGAAGCCUAAACGGGUACAUAUUGACUACAAACCACUACCGGAAAUAUCUCCAGCUCAGAGUAUAUUGAAAGUAAAUGGUUCGUGUGACAAAUCUCGGAAAGUUUCAUUUUCGAUCGUCGAGACAGAAGUCAUCGGAUAUGGCGGUGAAGAGUACUCGACUGAUGAAGAAUAUUCAUCGGACGAGGAAAACAGUUCAGAAUUCAUUGACUCUGGUGACGACGAAGAGCUCAAAAGACUGACCGAAGCCAACACGAACCUAAACAGCAAACCCGAAAUUGUAUCCGAAAAGGCCGUCGUCGGUGCCAAUGUUGCAAAACCUUCGGUCGUAGCUGUAACGGCGGUGGUGGACAGUAAGUCACCCGUGAAAAAACCAAUGGUACAAAACAAGUCACCGCCACUGGUCACUAUUCAGCCGUUUGGUGGGGAAUCACCUAAAUCGCUUGUGUUCAACUUCCUAAAGAACAAAGAGAUUGCUUCGGCUACCACUGCCGCCGCCUCUGUAGUAGCCACAGCAGCAUGCGAGGAAGUACAAAAAAUCGAGAAAAAAGAUACUGAAAACGUUCAACUAAGAAAGACUGAGACAACAAAAAAACCCACUUUAACCAGAAGCUCGCUGGUGGCAAAUUCCAAUGAAUCAUAUUUAAAUAUAAGACGGUGCAGUUUACCGGCGGAGGAGGAAGAGGCUAAACCGACGCCACCGCAGCCAACGUUGCCAAUGUUAACGUUGACAAAUACAGAAAUCCCCAGAGCGAAACUCGUUCAUCAUCCGGAAACAGUUGCGCCCGUCGAAAUAUUAAGAGAUGUGGAGGAAACGACCGAAGUCGUCUCGUCGACGAGAGAAUCUGACACUGAUAUAGUGGGCGGUGGCACAGUACCGUACAAAACGAGAAAUAAUGUUCCACGAAUGGGUACUAUGCAUUUUAAACUGAAGUUGGCCAGUGCUUCGUCUCAAAAACCAGAACCGCUAAAACUAAUUAGUAGUAGCGCUCAUGUGGAUUCCCCGCAAGAUUCUUCGUUGCUAACCAGCAGAGAAAUGGCAGGUGAACCCGACGGUAAAGCGGAUUCUGACGAGCCCGGUGACCCGACGACAACCCCAGUGAACCGAUCGUUCCUCCAUAACUUCAAAGACCAUUCAUUACCCUUGCGAGACACCUCUAACACCCCUCCAAGGACGCCCACCAAAAAGACUUCAAUUACCAGUAACAGUCCACCCGAAUGUCCUAGAAGCAUCAAACGCCAAGCUCCGAAACCACCUCCACCGCCGCCGUCGUUGACAACGGCCAAGUGUGCUGAACUCGUUUACCACAGUGCUAACAGUUCGUUUUCUGAUGACGAGUUCAGACCUGACGACGUGACCAUCACAAACCGUAAAAUUUUGGCUGAAUACUGCGAGCAGAUCGAAAAAGAACAAUCACAAUACUGCGGAAAUGGUGGCAACUGGGAACGACCAUCGUCGGCGGCUACUGUCACUUCUAGCGUUGACCCGGUGCGCGAAUCGUCCACGCUCCCUUUACCUGGAAAACGGCCCGCCUGUGAAAAGAAAAAAUAUGGCAAGGCCACCAAAGUAGGUCUUAAGAUUAAGAAGUUUCUGAGGAUACCCAGUCGGGAAUCGGCGCUCACCACACCACAGCAACCUUCUACCAGGCCCAAGCUGGAAAUUAUCCAUCCGCUAGACAUCAACAAAUCCGGCGUGGAAAUCAUACAUAAUUACGCUGUUGAUGGAUUACUGUACACAAAAGAUCCGUCCGCCAAAGUACUGCCCAACCAUCAUCCAGCACGACCUACAAAACCACCGCCGCCGCCCAGAAGUCUUCCGCCCGUGGCAAAGCUGCCGCUAAAGUCCAUCCCGUCUACGGAAAUCACAGAUUACCCUGACACACCGAAAACAUGCGAUUCGAGCGCAUCAGACGAAGCUUAUGAACCGGUAAAUUUUUCGGCACCAGAGUGUGACCACAGUUCACCGGAAAUGGCGAGACUAACGUCAAUGCAGUAUUACGGUAGCGAAACCGAGUCGGAUAUAUAUCCAACCAUCCAGUUUGGUGAUGAUUUUGGAGCUGAAGACAGUAUCAGGAACACUCAGCCAACAGGGCAUAAGAGUCUCGAAGAGAGUUACGAUGCCGUCGUAAUCGCCAAUCACGAAGCCCUGACUAAACUCUUGGAUCAGGCGACGAGCUGUCCAAAAAUACCCAAAGAAUUGGCGACGUUGAAGACAAAAAACUUGGAAUGGUCCAAUUUUCGUGUAGACCCGACGAGCCGGUUGCAAAAAUCCGGUUGCGAGUUCUACAAUGGAAAAUGGUACGACGUGCCAGUAGUGUUGAGCAUUUCUGGUCAACCAGUUGAGGUAAACAACGUUCUGAAUAAUCAUUUCACCAUGACUAAAGUGACGGAGUUCGUGACCCGCGUGGAAAAGGAAUACAGUCCAGGUUCCGAAAACGAAAAAGUUCACGUUACGCUGUGGAAUGCCCAUCGCAUGGAGGCAAUCGAAUCGUAUUGCAAAGAAUACAACUCUAAGUACGCGGACAUCACCAAGGAAGCUGGUCUCAUCCUAGUCGAAACUGUCAAUUUGUUGAUCGGCCUGCAGGCAUUAGAUGUAAACCGGUAUAGCCUGGAAUCGUUCGUAGUAACUAGAAACAGUUUCGGUGCCGACCCGACCGUGACCAUGGUUCAACUGGAAACCGAUUUACAGGGAGCGGAAGAUACGCUUUGCGAUAUCAUGCUGAAAGUGCUCAGACUGUUGGCGCCCACGUGGGAGAUGACCGUGUGUUUGUCGCAAGUGUUGCGGCAGGACCGGUCCAACUCUUUGUCCAAGUGCAAGGCGCUACUCGAGUUCUGGCUGUGGGGUCCGACCGGAGUGACAGUGUCACCCGACCGACCGUUGUCGCUGAAAAGAUGGUUGGACCUGGAACGCGCUAACGUCCUGCAUGGUCAUGUGUGUUCCCGUUCCGCCGACCUGUCCGUCAAGCAGAUAUGCUACAUGUCGUUUUUGGUGGCCAACGACGAUAAACUGUUCUCGGACGCAUGGACCGUGUUAGCCGAUCGCAAGAUGCGACCGCCGCGUGAUCCGACGAUCUCUAAAUGUUAACGCACAAACAUGUUUUGUUUUUGAAUUAUUUCCUUCAAGUGUAAACAAAUUUUUUUAUCAAAACAUUUCUGAAUCAUUCUCUUCUCUCCAAUACUCUUUAUAUUAUUAUUUUUUUUAAAGUCUUAACUCUAUAUAUAACAAUAUGAUGAUUGUAGUAACUAAAAACCGUUGUUGCGCAUUCAUGUCUGUUAUUAUUAUUCUAGGAUAAAAAUGACACUAUUGAAUAAAUUAUUAUUACUUACUAACCCAACUGUUAAUUAUACUUUACGCGUAUACAUGUUUGCUCAUUAACUGUUAUUAUUAUUCUAAUUUAAAUAUUAUGUAUUAUUGUGUAGUUGCAAAAUGUGAUUUGCAGCCUAAUGCCUGCCAUGUUAAAAUAUAUUUUUGUUAGUUAUAAGAUACCUUACAUAAGACACAGAGUAUUUAUUUGUAUAAGAAAAGAAAUGAAACAAAAAAAGCUCUCUAUUUUGUCAAUUAUUUUUGUAUCAAAAGAAAACUACAAAUAUUAUACUAUUUGAGUAUUUUUGUGCUAAAUUUAUUUGAUAUAUAAUUUACCUAUUAUAUUUUUAAACAUUUAAU